UAUGAGGCGUUGACGAAAGUCACGUGACGUUGAAAGAGCGAAAGAGAGAGAGAGAGAGAGAGAGGUGAUCAGAUUUACCUGCUCCUGCCACACCUGAGUGUAGUGUACGUGUGUGUGUGUGUGUGAUCAGACAGACUGUGAUCGGAUCGGAUCAGAUCAGACACUCAUGAUUCUCAUGUAAACAUUAUUAUCAGGAGAGAAACAGGGUUUCAUGCUGCAGAUCAAGAGUGUCCAUGUCUAAUAACAAUGGGCUGGAUGUGUUUCUAAAGUCUGUUAUUUCGCCUCUAAACCACCGACAUGAGAACAAACACGUGAUAGAUGCAUUCAUGAACAGAUCAGUAAUCCAGUUCACAAAGUAAAAUGACAGACGUUCUGGUUUUUCAACCUGAAGCAUCUGAAGAGAACAGCAAAAACCUCACAGAUCCUCAGAGGCCUGAUGGAGAUCUGCUGGAGUCUGACAGCGUGCAGGUGCUCGAGAUCAGAGGAACAGAGAACAGCUCACCUGAGGGAUGGAUGUCCGGCCGAGAGCAGGAGAAAGAGCCGGAGGAGAGAGAGAGAUGGAAGGAUGUGGAGGACAAGAGGAAUGAUGAUGAUGAAGGAGGUCUGAUAAAGGAGGAAGAUGAUGGCUCAUUGGCUGAUGAUGAAGAUGAUGGUGAUGACGAUGACCUCAUCCAGGUGACGUGGAUGUCAGAGAAAGCGAGACAGGCCUUCACUCCAAACGUCAUGAUAGUGAAACCCACAGGACAUCAGGAGGACCUGAAUGAAAACCCUGUAAUGAAAGAGGAGAUGGAGAUUGAGAAAGUGCCUCUACAUCCACAAAACUUUCACGCGAGCCAAUCAGAACGCUUCCAUCCGCAGUGGAUUGAUGAGAUCGACAAGCCCAGAGACAGUGUCUGUGGAGAGACGGUGAGGUUGUGUGUGUUUGUAUCGGCCGCUGCAGUGAUGUUUCCAUUAUUGACGUGGGGCGGUUACAAGCUGCUGCCCUUUAAUCCCCCUCCUCUCGACGGCGCCCCCCUCAGGCUGAUCUACACACUGCGCUGUGCUUUCUUUGCAUCUAUUCCUAUAGUGUUGGGCGUGUUGGUUCAGGGUGUCUCUCGUCUGAAGUAUGGCACCGUGAGUCCUCUGUUUGACGGGACGUGGAAGAAUCGUGAGGUGUCAGUUCACAGCCACUACGUCAGAGACUCGCUCCAUCUCUACCUGCUCUAUUUCCUGCAGCUUGCCAUCAUGGCAACGUACGCCCAACAGGAAGUGCUGAAGCUGGUUCCUGUCCUCACCAUCAUAUUUGUGUUUGGCAGACUGAUUUAUUGGGCGUGUGCUGUGUUCGGGAGCAGCGGUCGAGCGUUGGGCUUCGGCCUCUCUUUCCUGCCGCUUCUUCCUCUGCUGGGGGCAAACAUUUACUUCAUCUGCUCAGCUGAGGGGCAGGAGGUGGUGUUUGAUGUUGCCACGCCCACUACAGCCCCGCCCCCAAAACAAAGAAGGUGGGGGUGAACGCAAAUAUGUAAACACACAAGACUCUCAGUUAGCACUCUGAAGCUCAUGUCAAAAGAAAGAGAUCAAAAAUCUGAUUAUGCACAGAAGUCAAAGGUUUGGACGCAUUAUGAUAAAGAGUUUUUAUGGUGAUUGAUGAAGAAAGUCUCUUUCAAAUUUCUAUAAAGCCAAAUAUAAUUGCUCAUUUCUUCUCUUGAUGGGACGAAAUAUAAUCUAAAAUACAUGAAGUCAUUUGCUUUGUCCUACAGAACAGUAUUUUGAUGUGUAAUGUUCCAGAUGUUCCAUUUGUUUACUAUGUUGUUGUUCUUUUGUCGUAUCAUUAUAAUUGUUAACAGCACAAUGAUUUGUUAAAUAUCUUUCAUGUGUUUACUGAUGUUUGUCAAUGCUGUGUUGUGAUUUUAAUUAUGUGUCCUGAUGAAUCAUUUCAAAUGUGUGUCAUGAAGUUAAACAUGAAUGUUCUUGCAAUAUUAUUUUGGCAUCAUUAAAACUCGUCAUUAAUAAAAAACAAAGAAACAGA